UCCCCUCCAUUCCUACACCCCUGCCUCUUCCCCUAGGCGCUGGCUGCACAUGUGGAGAACUCCAGGUUGGUGGCUUCCGAGGCUUGCUACACUGCAAAGGCCAGGAGGUGACAGCAGGAGUGUUCAACCCAAAUGUCUCCACAGAUUGCUAGGAUGAGGGUCACUGGGGCAAGGCUGCUGAGCUCCUGUUUCCCGCUGCUGCUGGCCCUGCUCCACAAGUCAGGGAGUCAGGAUCUAACCUGCACGGUGUCCCCAAGCACUGUGGACUGGGCCCAGACAUUCAACGACACUUGCCUCAACUUCAGUGGCCUUGGCCUGUCCCUGCUCCGGAGCCAGCCCCUGAGAGCCAGCCAAGUGCAAGUCCUGGACCUGUCCAGGAACGGCCUGCAGACGCUCCCGGGGGGCUUCUUCGCCAGCCUGGAGAAACUGAAAACCCUGAUCGUCACCCACAACCGGCUGACCAGCGUGGACCAGUCGCUGGCCCUGCGCUGUGACCUGGAGCUCAGGGCAGACUGCAGCUGUGGGCUGGGGUCCUGGCAUGACCUUCGCCAGAACAACUGCUCAGGGCAGCAGCAGCUGCUGUGUCUCCACCAGGCCACUGGUGCUCCUGGGAACCUCUCCACCUUCCUUCAAGUCAACUGUCCCCCUAGCCUGGCCCCAGGGACCAUCGCCGCCCUUGUGGUGGCAGGGACUAUCUUUCUGGCCCUGGCUGUCUGUGGAUCUGUGCUGGUCUGGAGAGUUCGGCGACACCGGAGAGCCAGUGGCCAGGGCCUCGGCAAAGCCCAGAAUGCACAGGAUGCCCCAGGACCAGUGACAGGCUUCCUGCCAAGGUACAGCAGCCGGCGACCUGGCCCCAAGGCCACAGACAGGCCACCAGCCACGUCCACGCUGGUCUAUGAGAAUGUCUUCAUUGGCCAGCCAGCGGAGGACUGCUCCUGGUCGGCACCCAGGAGCAGCGCGGCAGGGGACAGGGACUGCUACAUGAAUUACAGGGGUGCCGACCUGGACCCUCAGCCCCUCUACUGCAACCUGGAGUCCCUGGGGUAGGCCCCACCACACCACGCGGAGUGUGGGUUCUGAGACGCUGAGCCCGGCCUGUGGAGACAGACGCUGGACUCCAAGACUCUGUUCCCUGCGACUGCACGCUGCCAGCAAGCUAAACAUCACAGAGGAUCCCCAAAGGGGAAGGAGAGUCAGAAACUGAAACCUCCCUCAGUGUGCAUACACGUGGUGCUCAAUAAAUGUCCUGGGACACGUGGGGCCGCUG